UUAUUUCAUCACUGUAGCCGAGGAAUGAUGUUGUAGCUAACUCAUGUGAUCUACGCAAAUACAAACAGAUGAACAGAUCCGGCAAAAUAAAUAAGUCCGCUGACAGGAGAAGAAGAGAAGCUGGUUUUGACUUGUCAGCAGCAUCAAUAGCAAAACAUACUCAACCAUCAUGGUCGUCGUGCAUGAUAUCGAGAAACAAAGUAAUUCCAAACGAGGAGCUUCAUGACUUCUUAAAACGGCUCAACUAUCUUUAUGCUCGGGAACUGGAAGAGAUAGAGCUAAAGGCAGAUGUUGCAAAACUGAUUGCUUCUGGAGAGAUUGAAAAUACACAGGAACCUGUAUACGAUUUGAUGCUGUGCAAACAAGCAGUUCCACGGUACGUUCCCCCCAGAACCAAAUGCAGACGGCCCCCUCCCCACAUAAACUCUAUGGAGCACAAACAGAUCGUUAACCUCACUGCUCAAGCUAUAAGCCAAUAUGAAAAAGCAGCUAAGAAAGGAAAAACACCUCCAGUUUUAUGUAGAAGUAAGAGUACAAGUUCCUCCCCCAGCUUGGUACAGUACACUGGACCGUCUACACACCUCAUCAACAUUGCUUACGGUUCAGGGCGGCGGAAUUCAAAGCCCCAAAAGAAACCCGGCUACUCCCCGUUGAAGCAACCUGAAAAGACUAAGAAGAUUCCAGUUAGAUUUGAAAGACCCAUCAGUGCCCCACCUAAAUAUAACCUCGGUUCAGACUCAGAACCAGAAGAUGCUGACAGAGGUAAAGCGUGGAAUGAUGACGCGGUGCGCGUUCCCUCCACCAUGACAGAAGAGGAUUCCAGUGAUGAAGGAGUGGGGUGUUACCCGCGCCGCGUGCAGUGUACCCAACCUGAACCCCCACUCAUUGUGCGGUUAGAUAAGAAACUUCCAGAAGCAAUAGUCCAGCGGAAGAAGUCACGUGAAGCUGCGGUGGUGUUGAGAGAAAAGCGGAAGAAAGAUCUGGUGAACCGACGCCAGGAGGAGCUGGCCCUGGAACGGAAACUGCGCUUCAGACCUCGCUACAUGGAGGUUAAUCCACCUAAAACAUCCCCACCUCCAAAACCUUCCUCCGCCAAGAAACGAACAAACAUCCUCCUCAACAACCCCCGACCACCAUCAGUUGAACAAACUGCUGCCCAGUUCUCACAGCUAAACCUGGACAACUUGUCCUCGAUGGAAACAGGACUGACACAGGAGGACAUUCAGACAUUCGUCAGACAGAGUAAGUUAACACGUGACAUGUUGAAUAUAAACGUAAACAAGGGGAAUCUGUCCCUGGUGUUUGAUGAGAAAUCUCUGCAGUGUGAGAAGAUGCUGAGAAGGGAAAUUCAGAAGUAUAAAUCAGGGAAAAACCCAACUUAUUGUAUAAUCUAAGUACUUAAAGUAAUAAAGUACUUAAAACACUUCUUUUAGUUACUCAAGUUUGUUCGAUUAUCAGAGUCAAUUUUCGGAGUGUUGUUAUAAAAUAGCAAGCAUGCGAGGAAUGUUAAAAGUAGUAACUAUCACAUUGCUGAUACCUAACACUUACUGCUUACCUUACACGCUGUGCUUGUUAAGAUGAUAAACAUGGGAUGUAUCAGACAUUGAUUAUUAAUAACUUUAACAAUUUUAUACGUAAUAGCGAAUGAUAAAUCAAAGCUUGUUUGAGUACACAAAAUGAGAUGGUAUCACUAUCGUUGUAGUGUAUUUUUUAUUGAAGGUUAGCCCACUCAGGGCCAAUAAAGUUAGGAAGAUAAAGAAGGAAGAUUUGCACUGCAGUUUACACUGUGGUUUAAUUAAAACUUAAAUUGGUUAAUUGUGUACUUUGAAAUGAUUCAUUUGCCCUUUUUUUCCUUGAGAAAGCUUAUCAUAAUGUUUCAAAUAUGUUGAUAUUAUAACUAAUAACAAUUUAAGUUUAUUUAC